CGGUGUGGAAAUGGCGCGCAGUCGGGUGUGAAUGGCGGCUCAGGGUGUCCGGCGCUGGGCCGGGGAGCCCGGUGGUGGCGGCGGCAGCAGCCCCGGGCUCGGCUAGGGAUGACCUCGCUGCUGAGGCGGUGUCUGAGCGGCGAGGCCGUCGCCAUGAGCCGCCGCCGGCUGCAGGCGCGGCAGGUGCUGUGCGUGGCCGAGAAGAACGACGCGGCGAAAGGCAUCGCCGACAUCCUGUCUGGCGGCAGGUGCCGGAGGAGAGAAGGAUUCUCAAAGUUUAACAAGAUUUAUGAAUAUGAGUAUAAUCUGUUUGGUCAGAAUAUUAAAAUGGUGAUGACCUCUGUCUCCGGUCACCUGCUCGAGUUAGAGUUCAAAGCACCUUUUCAGAAAUGGUACAGCUGCAACCCUGUGUCCCUCUUUGAUGCUGAGGUGGAGAAGUACUGCCCCGAAAAAUAUGUGGAUAUUAAGAGAACCCUGGAGCGGGAGGUGCACUGGUGUCAGGCUCUCAUUAUUUGGACAGACUGCGAUCGCGAAGGAGAGAACAUCGGCUUCGAAGUCAUUCAUGUUUGUAAGGCAGUGAAGCCCAAUCUGCAGGUGCUGAGAGCUCGUUUCUCGGAGAUCACGCCUCGCUCCAUCAGGAAUGCUUGCGAGAACCUGCUGGAGCCUGAUCAGAACAUCAGUGAUGCUGUGGAAGUCAGACAAGAGCUGGACCUGAGAAUCGGGGCUUCGUUCACCAGGUUUCAGACCUUGCGCCUCCAGAAAAUCUUCCCCAACGUGCUGUCAAACCAGGUCAUCAGCUACGGCAGCUGCCAGUUCCCCACGUUAGGCUUCGUGGUGGAGAGGUUCAAAGCCAUCCAGGCCUUCAUCCCCGAGCCCUUCUACAAGAUUAAAGUUACUCACGAGAAGGAUGAUUCCAGCGUGGAAUUUAACUGGAAGCGAAAUCGACUCUUCAAUCACACGGCGUGCCUGGUGCUUUACCAGAUCUGCAUGGAGGAUCCUGUAGCGACAGUGCUGGAUGUUUUCAGUAAACCGAAGAGCAAGUGGCGACCUUUACCCCUCGACACCGUGGAAUUUGAGAAGCUGGCCUCGCGGAAACUGAGGAUAAACGCCAAGGAAACCAUGCGAGUGGCUGAGAAGCUGUACACACAGGGUUACAUCAGUUAUCCUCGCACAGAGACUAACAUCUUCCCUAAAGAUCUGAACCUGUCUGGGCUGGUGCAGCUGCAGACCCCGGACCCUCGCUGGGGUGGUUUUGCUCAGGGUAUCCUGGACCGAGGUGGGCCGACACCCCGCAACGGGAGCAAGACAGAUCAGGCCCAUCCCCCCAUCCACCCCACCAAGUACACCAACAACCUGCAGGGAAACGAGCAGCGUAUCUAUGAGUUUGUUGUGCGUCACUUCCUGGCGUGCUGCUCACAGGACGCCCAGGGCCAAGAGACUACGGUGGAGAUCAGGAUCGCGGACGAGCUGUUUGUGGCUCAUGGGCUGAUGAUCAUUGCUCGCAACUAUCUGGAGGUUUAUCCCUAUGAUAAGUGGAACGCCAAGGUUAUCCCGGUGUACGAGAGCGGCGCCACGUUCCAGCCCAGCACCAUCGAGAUGGUGGAUGGAGAGACCAGUCCCCCGCAGUUACUCACUGAGGCGGACCUCAUCGCUCUGAUGGAGAAACACGGGAUCGGCACUGACGCCACUCACGCCGAGCACAUUGAGAAGAUCAAGUCCCGAAUGUACGUGGGGCUGACUCCCGAUCAGAGGUUCCUUCCUGGGGAACUGGGCAUGGGCCUGGUGGAAGGCUACGAUUCGAUGGGUUAUGAAAUGUCGAAGCCGGACCUGCGGGCGGAGCUGGAGGGGGACCUGAAGCUGGUCUGUGAGGGGAGAAAGGACAGGUUUGCGGUGCUCCAACAGCAUGUUCUGAAAUACAAGCAGGUCUUCAUCGAGGCUGUGUCCAAGGCCAAGAAGCUGGAUGAGGCUCUGUCUCACUAUUUUGGAGAAGCCAGUGAAAUCCCGCAAGCUGAGGAGCUCCGCAUGGAGAUUCCUGAGCCCAUCCGCAAGUGUCCCCAGUGUGGGAGAGACAUGUUCCUCAAACAGAAGCGAGAUGGCGGGUACUACCUGUCCUGUGUGGGGUAUCCAAGCUGUAAGUGCGCUGCUUGGUUUCCAGAUUCUGUGCUCGAGGUCAGGCGGGAUGAGAGCGUGUGUCCAACAUGUAAACCGCAUCCUGUUCACAGGUUGAAGUUUAAGUUCCGGCGUGGCAGUGUGCCUGUGCUGGUGCCGCUGGAGUUCGUCGGUUGUAUUGGAGGCUGCGAUGAAAUGCUGCGUGAGAUUCUGGACCUGCGAUAUCUCCGAGUGGGACCUCUGCCGCUGGCGAACAGUCAGCCUGGCAACCAGCCACUACCUGGCACAGCACGUAACCAACGGCCGACUGGCACAGGGCAUAACCAGCCACCGUCCGGCACAGGGCGUAACCAACCGCCAACCGGCACUGGGCGUAACCAGCCACCGCCCGGCACUGGGCGUAACCAGCCACCGCCCGGCACAGGGCGUAACCAGCCACCGCCUGGCACAGGGCAUAACCAGCCACUUGGAGGUCGUGGGAACCCUCACCCAGGCCCGCGGGCUGGGUCGGCUGGGAUCCUGGGUGUGGAUGAUGACAACAUGGUGGUGUGUAACUGUGGCCAGGACGCUUUGCUGCUGACCGUUCGGAAGGACGGGCCCAACCAGGGUCGGAAAUUCUACAAGUGCAGCACAGGAAACUGCAACUUCUUCCUGUGGGCCGACCAGAGCGAGGGAGGCGGGGUCAGCACGACCACCAGCAGGGGGCACUUCAGUCGCCCGAGCAGCGAUGGAGGAGGCGGAGGGGGGGCGAUGACGUGCACAUGCAAUGAGCCAGUGGUCACGCGGACAGUACAGAAGGAUGGACCCAACAAGGGGCGGGCGUUCCACACCUGCGCGAAGCCCCGCGAGCAGCAGUGCGGCUACUUUCAGUGGGUGGAUGAGAACAGCCAGACACAGGCUGAGAGAAGACCAGCAGGAAACGCUCCCCCAGCAAAGCGAGCCCGGUGCUGUGGGCUGUGUCAUCAGCCAGGACACACAAGAACAAAAUGUCCCCAGAACAGGUGAAGUUGCGUCUGUAUCACGUGCAGAAAAGUCUGUCCGAAACCAGUAACUUCAGCAUAUGUUCCUGACUCGUAACACUUAACUUGUGCGGGAGAAGCUUUGUACUGUGGUCGUCUUGUGUGGAAUUGCCGUCGAGACCUCCCUGGGGUGGUGGGAGGAUGCAGCGAGGCAGCCUCAUCCAUACCAGAUGGUUGGAAGAGAAACGGAUUUGCAGGGUCUCAAGCCUUUGAUGGAGAAUUGUUGAGAAUUCUUCCCGAGGAAACUCUGAGACCAAACCGCGACUGAGCCAUCCCUGAGGUGACUGUAGCCUGAAACCCACUUGUAAACUGCCCCUAUCUCCCAAAUCUCUCCAGCUGGUUCCAGUCCUUCACAUGUUAAUCGCUGCAUUGUCAGAGGUUCAAAUGACCAAUGCUGGGGGUGGAGGGGGGCAGAUUUUUUACCAGUCAAUUUCUUGAAUUGUAUAUAAUCCGCAUCAGUACAGCUGGUCUCUUGCUGGCUUCUCGCUGUAACUUGCGGGUCUAUCUCGGGACCAAACCUCGGUAAGCGCUCACACAAAAUCAAAUAUAUUUAACAUGGUUACAUUUUAAUUUUAGGACUGUUCUAUGUUCACAGUUUUAUAUUUUUCAUUGGAGUUGUGUAAUCCAAAAUUCGAACCAAAUAAAUGAUUUCCUCACACAAAGUAGUAUGAUUCUGCAAACUGUAAAUACGCAGCACUGAGGGUGGAGGAGUGGGUGGAACGCAAACUAGAGAAGGAAAUUAACUGUUGUCUGAAGUCC